UCGUCCUUGACCUCAUCUUCUUGUCAUUUCCGUUGUCUUCAUCAAGGUUUUAUGGCCGGACAAUACGACCACUAUCCACUCACCCGGAAAAUAUUACUUCUUACGCUGCACAAUGUUGUACGAGAGCUUGCCUGCGAAUAUUCCCUCAAUUCGACUGCUCAGACUUCUCCCGUCGGCGGAUGAGAAUGACACUCCUUAUCCUACAGAUGGGGACCCGACUCCGAUUCAGCUAUUAUAUCAAUCAAUGGCACAGCUACCAGUGUCGGAAGAACGCUAGCUUUGGCGCUUCAGCAUAUACGCGCCGCAGCUUUUCGAGCAUCCAGCCCACUGUCGCCACUAAUCUGGGCUGACGCACUCUGUAUCAACCAGAAUAAUGAGGAAGAGAAGACCUGCCAGGUCCAGCUCAUGGGAGCCAUCUACUCGAGAGCGUCGACAGUCGUUUCGUGGCUAGGCACCGAUAACAACGGCGAGAUGGAUUCCGCUGUUACGGCGAUGAAGUCAUUUCAGCAUGUGGCGGGGUCCGUGCCAGGGUGGCUAGAAGAUCUGUAUUGGAUGCGCGAUUAUCCCUCGCUCCUGGAAGUGGACAACAAUCUUGACGGUAUCCCUAAUCACACUUGGAGGUCGUUACAAACAUUCUUCUCGUCGUCAUAUUGGGGUCGAGUAUGGAUUCUUCAAGAGAUGGCGCUUGCGCGGAGUCUUUGGGUCAUGGUCGGCCAACAUAUUCUUGAUUAUGAGGACGUAAAAAGUUCCAUAGAACUGAUUCGGCACCUCAGCUCAGGGUCUAGACCAGGGAAAAGUGUUUUGCCUUAUAAAUUAGGCUACUUCUUGUGGUGGAAUGAGCAAAUCCCUACCCAAGUCCAUAUCACCGUUGAGGAAUUCCGAAAUCGCGCCAAAGGUCUCGAACCGUUGGACGAUGUGGAUAAACUCGAAGCAAUCUUCUCUACCCGGGAUUUCCAGGCUACGAAUCCUGUAGACAAGGUUUUCGCCCUACAAGGUCUACUCGGGAACUUUAUCACCCCAGAUUACGGAAAAAGUCCAUCGGAGGUAUUUUGUGAACUUACGUCUAGAUGGAUCGAAACGACAGGAGACCUCUAUCAUUUGCGUUUCGCAGGCACCACUCUUCAACUACCUGAGACACCGGGACUAAGUCUGCCAUCCUGGGUCCCCGACUGGCAAGGGAUUUCUUUUGCGGAUAGCUGGCAAGCUUUCCCGGCUUUAGCAAGCAAUUCCAAUAUUGGGCUCGAUAUUCUCUGUGUAACACAGCCGCGAGUGCUCGACGAGCUUCGUUUACGGGUCAAUGCCUGUAUCUGCGACACAAUUUCGGAAAUCGAGCCGAUCUAUGAUGGAGAGUCGACCAAUCUAGCUCGUCUCUACAGGAACUUCAUGAAGAUGUCGACAGACAUCGAAUGUCUCACCAAAGUUCCCUACCUUCAGGCAAUCCUGCGGACAAUAUUGGCAGAUAGCGGGUCUGAACACGAAGAUCACAUUUCAGAAUUAGAACAUCUGUCGGUGCAGAGCUUGUUGCUGGCAGUAGUCUACUUUUUGGAUGGCCUAUCUUCAAGUCCACCCAUCUUUGAGACGCUGCAGGCAACGGUAGAGGAGCUUGGAAUAGCCUCUGAAAACCAUAUCACGUCGCUUCUCCAAGAAAUAUUCCCGAGCACGACAACGAAUGACUGCUGGCAGUCCGAAAAAGAAUUGUGUUUGCGCAUUCUCGGCCAAGGGAUUUUCCUUAGACCCCACCUGUGGCGUUGUUUGAGAGAAAAACAGCAGUUAUUCUAUACAUCUGCAGGAUACAUAGGAUCUUCUCUUCAUGGUAUUCGAGCUGGUGAUAUAGUAUGUAUAAUCCAAGGUUGUCCUUGCCCGGUACUCCUUCGGAGAGAAGGGUCACAUUUUUUACACCUAGGGACUUGUUUUGUUCUGGGGUUAAUGGAUGGUGAGGCAGCUCUGCGGGUAAAACAAGGAUCUAUAAAGAUAGAGGAGGUAGAUAUAGUAUAACGUUCUAUUUUAUAUGCACUAGAGCAGAGGUAUACUCUGCUAUAACUUUUACUAGAUAUAGAUACUCUUUAUAUAGGUAUCUAGUACUCUUAC